AUGAAGAGUGGAAAAAGAGCACCUCCUCGGAAACACAAUGAUGACAAUCGGAGUUUAGAAAAUACUCUUGACUUGUUGGAACAACUAUUCUCACUCAUUGAUAUGAUACAAGUUUCCUUCUCUAAUAUUUAUAAAGCCAUUUCAAUUCCGAUUCAAUACGUUGGAAGAAAAAUUGGAGAAAAAAGCAGUAAAAUUGGACCCAACCUAUUUGAUACAUUACUUGAUUUAUUUACACCAGUGCAAACUAUCUUUGAUCAAUAUCAAACAUAUUAUGGAUAUUACAGAGGAGCCACUUAUUUUAACCCUAAUGAAUUACUUGUCACACGAGUAUUCAAUUAUUUCGAACGAGUGAUUCAUAAUUUUCAAGAAAAUAUUAAAAAGAAAUUUUCAGAUGAGAAUGUUGGAGGAUUUUCACACUAUGUGUUGAAAACCAUUAUCAUUGGAGGCUUGUUUUUGGUGUGGAGAUUUUUGUAUAUUUGGUGGAGAUUUAAAAAAGAGGCGAAUCAAUCAAGCCAAUUUAAUAGCUCUAAUUUCAUUGAUGGACAUGUCAUUCAAUCAUUUGUGGAUCAAGUGAGUCUUUCACAACAUUUACAAAAGAGGAAAGAAUGGGAACGACUCAGAAGAAGCCCAUUUUCACAUUCUACCUCUGAUCUCGCUUAUUUAAACUCACCUUACUAUCAUUUACAAAGUCCUUACUUUCCCCUUCGAAUUGGUCCAAACUCAACAAGAGAGAGAAAUUUCUUUACCUAUUUUCCCUCUUAUAGAAAUCGAAUUGAAGAUUUAGAAUUCAGAGAAGAAAAUGCGCCACAUCACACUUCUUCUUCCUCAUUAUCAUUGGAUGAACAGAGAACGAACCAUCGAGCUCUCUAUCCUAGUAGUGGUGGCCAUCCUUCUCGAUUUUACAAUGACAUGCUCCGUCACAAAAGUUUGAUUGGAAUGCGAAGAAGAAAUACUCUACAAGGAGAGAGAAAUCCUUCUUUACCAUUCCUCGGACAUGAUACUCCGGUGACAUCUUCAUCCUCAUUACCAAUGCCCGAUUGCUUUGAUGACUACAUUCGUAGUGGUGUUCUCUCUUCAUCCAUCACGGAUUACAUUUAA